CAAUAUUUCGGCCGAAUAAACUUGAUGUUGUUUCCGACCACCAUGCCGGACACAGUGGAACUGCCAGCUCACUUCACCGCCGGAAAUCUCCGACCGUCGUAUGAACUUCCACCAACCGUCUAUAUCGGAGUCCCUGUACGAAAUAAAGCGCACAGUUUACCCUAUUUUUUGCACGGUUUGGAAAUUCAGGACUAUCCGACAGAACGUAUGCAUUUGUCUUUCAUUCAUCAUUUGCAUUUUGUCCAGAUAAGGCAAAAAUUGUUGGAUGCAGCACGUCUCUCAUGGGCCGAUUUCUAUCUUUCCAUUGACGCGGAUGUGAUGCUUCAGGGAUAUUACAAACGUUCGCCAGACUAUUUUGAAAUCCAGAAACGACAUAAAACGGGGGUGUUCCCGGUGGCUAUGGUGCACACAAUGUUUGUGAUAAAUUUGCAUCAUUUUCUCACCCCGUUGAUGCGUUUCUAUCCCCCGGCAGAUGGUUAUGUCGGUCCAAUUGAUGAUUUAAUUCUGUUGGCCAAGUCAGCGCAAGCUGCCGGAGUGCAGUACUAUUUGGAUAAUACACAAUUCUAUGGUUAUAUCUCCGCUCCGGUAGAAGAGUCCGAAGUGGAAGAGAUUGGUUCGUCUAUGGAACAUUGGAUUGCUCGUGAUCAGGAACUAUUCACACAUUUGCGCCUCCAAGCCGCUCAUUUGCCCACGCGAAGUAAACUGGGCCUGGAUGAGAUCUACUAUAUCAAUCUGCUCCGUCGACCGGAUCGACGUAUGAAGACCGAGUACUUCUUGGAUCAGCUUGGUGUUGCCGCACAGCAUGUGAUCGCAGUAGAUGGAAAAGAUUUGAACAUGAAAAAAAUUGAGGAUAUGGGAAUCGCACAACUCAAGGGUUAUGCGGAUCCGUAUCACAAACGAUCUCUGAAGUUUGGCGAGAUUGGAUGUUUCAUGAGUCAUUACUAUUUAUGGAAGGUAAGUGUGUGUGAAAUGAUCGAACGCGGCUAUCGACGCAUUCUAAUCCUGGAAGACGAUGUCCGUUUUGCCCCGGGAUUUGUGCGUAAUCUGGCCGACGUAAUCCGUGAGGCCGAUCUGCACAAACCCGAAUGGGAUUUGCUUUACAUCGGCCGAAAACGGAUGUCGAAAAAUGAGACUCGCGUACCUGGUACAACGAAACUGGCCUAUCCGGACUACACCUACUGGACACUGGGUUAUUUGCUCAAACAGUCCGGGGCGGAAAAGCUUUUGGCACAGAAUCCGUUGAAAAAGAUGGUUGCGGUGGAUGAGUUUCUUCCGAUCAUGUUCAACCGGCAUCCACAAAAAGCCUGGCUCGAAGCAUUCGAACCACGAAAUCUGAUCGCCUUGUCUGCCGAACCGCUUUUGCUCGAACCGCAGAAGUAUACCGGUGAAAAGUCCUACGUCUCAGACACCGAAGACUCCGGGAUUACCAUCAAGAGCGCGUGGUGCCUAUGA